CGGAGGUAAACACGGUCACAUCAAGUGAAAACUCUUCAGCAUGGCACAUUAUCACUGCUGAUAUUGAACAAGGAUUUAAAAGCUCAUAGGAUACAAGAUGAUCAUGGGUGGACCUGGUACCUCUACAAUUACGCAUGUUUAAUAAAGAGGGUGUGGUUAAAAAGGUUUGAGUUUUGGAUGCUUCACUGUAAAUACAUACUAGUGAAAUGGCUCUUCUUCGAAGAAGCCUCUCUGACAGCCUGCUGCUUGAAGAUGACGAUGUCCCUGUAGAGGGUUUGGAAUACACGGACGUGCACUUUCAUGAAGACGAUGAAAUUGUAGGUGCCAGUGGUCUGUUUGAUCUAAAGAGGAAUGAACAAAAGAAGAAUGAAGCUGUGGACAUUUUGAAGUUAAUUGAUAAUGACAAGGAGUUAAUGAAGCAUGGUUUGAAAUCCAGCAAGAGCUUGGAAAGUCUGGAUAUCAAAGCUCCUAAUGAGGUGUGGAAAGAUUCAUACGACAAGCUCUUCAAUGCUAAAGUCAAGAAAUUCAUGAAAGGAAAUAAAGCUGUUAAGGAAAACAGACAUGGCAUACACAGGGGGCCAGUGACAACCCAAACACUUGACCGCAAAAGCAAAGUAAAUGUUGCAGCUUUACUUGAGAAUGCAGAUCAGAUGCGUCUCACUCCAUAUGAAACAGAACCUGACAAUCAAGUAGGACCAUACAUGGAAUAUCAUCAAUAUGACUCCGAUACGUUACUACAAGGAUCUGACCUGGUGAGAUCAGCAAAGAUCAAACCCAAUAUUGCAAGUGAUGUUCCAUCGCAUCAUUCCACAAUGAACUUGACCAAUGUUGAUCGUGAAAUCAACCUACGCGGUGGAACAUAUACAGAUCCAAAAGUAGAUAUUGGUAUUAAUACACCAGAUUCAAGUCUUACAUUGCCGGAUACCCAAGGAUCUCCGGUGAUGCACCUCACAAAAGGACAUUUUAAAGGCCCAAAAGCAGUGCUUAAUUCUUCUGAUAUGGAUAUGGAAGUACCAUCAGUUAAUGUCAAGAAGCCAAAAUUUAAAAUGCCAAAGUUUAGCCUCUCUGGAAACAAGAAUACUGACAUUAGUUAUGAUGGAAGUAUGAAGGGGUCAAAAUUUGCAUUGUCAUCCCCUGAAGUAGCUCCAGGUCUUAAUGGUUCUAAUAUACGAAUUGAUGGACCAAAGGCUGAUUUUAAAGGUCUAAAAACAGACCUUCCAGACAUGGACAUGUCAUCUGGAAAACUGAAAGCACCCACUUUCAGCUUCCCUGAUUUUGGCCUGUCAGGACCCAAAAUAAAAACACCUGACUAUGAUCUAAAGACCCCUGAAAUGAAUCUGUCUGCUCCCAAAUUUAAGGCAGACUUUGAUUCACCAGACAUCAACAUCAGAGGUCAUAAGCCAGAUAUCACCGCACCUGACAUGGAUGUGAAUAUUCCUGAAGGUACAUUUAAAGGACCAAAUUUCAAGAAACCUAAUCUUGACUUGAAUGCACCUGACCUCGACAUAAAUGUUCCUUCUGGUAACCUGAAGCUGCCAAAAUUUGGUUUCUCUGGUAGCAAGCCAGAAGGACCUGAUCUUAAAAUCAAAUCUCCAGACCUGAAUCUCAAAAGCCCCAAAAUAAAGGGAGGAAUCGAUACCCCAGAUAUGGAUCUGACUCUGCCUCAAACUGAUUUGAAAGGCCCGAAUCUAGAUUUCAAAACGCCUGAUAUUGAUGUUAAUAGCCCUUCAGGGAAGUUUAAUAUGCCAAAGUUAAAGAUGCCCAGUUUUGGCCUGUCAGGUUUGAAAGGUCCACAUAUGAACAUGGAUGCUGACAUUGAUAAGCCUGACGUUAAUCUAAGUGCAUCAACUCCCAGGCUAAAUGCAGGGAUAAAUAGUCCUGACAUUGACAUUCACAGACCUAAUGUUGAUCUCAAAGGACCAAAAACAGAUCUUACACUCCCUGACAUGGACAUACCAUCUGGAAAAAUGAAAGUUCCAACUUUCAAGAUGCCUGAUUUCGGUCUCUCUGGAACCAAAAUAAAGACUCCUGACUGUGAUCUGAAAAACCCUGAAAUGGAUCUGUCAGCUCCAAAGUUUAAGACAGACUUUGAUUCGCCAGACAUCAACAUCAGAGGUCAUAAGCCAGAUAUCAAAACCCCAGAAUUGAAUGUUGAUUUCCCUAAAGGUAAAAUUAAAGGACCAAAUUUCAAGAAACCUAAUCUUGAUGUGAAUGCACCUGAUCUCGACAUAAAUGCCCCUUCAGGUAAACUAAAGCUGCCAAAGUUUGGCAUCUCAGGUAGUAAGCCAAAAGGGCCUGAUCUUAAAAUCAAAUCUCCAGACCUAAAUCUCAAAAGCCCCAAAAUAAAGGGAGGAAUUGAUACCCCAGAUAUGGAUCUGACUUUCCCUCAAACUGAUUUAAAAGGCCCAAACCUAGAUAUCAAAUCCCCUGAUAUUGAUGUCAGUGGCCCUUCAGGGAAACUGAAUAUGCCAAAGCUAAAGAUGCCCAGUUUUGGCCUGUCAGGUUUGAAAGGGCCACAUAUGAACAUGGAUGCAGACAUUGAUCAGUCUGACCUUAAUCUAAGUGCAUCAACUCCCAAACUAAAUGCAGGAAUAAAUAGUCCUGAUAUUGACAUUCAUGGACCUGAUGUUGAUCUCAAGGGUCCAAAAACAGACCUUACUCUUCCAGACAUUGACAGGCCUUCUGGAAAAAUGAAAACACCCACUUUCAAGAUGCCUGAUUUUGGUCUCUCAGCACCAAAAAUAAAGACACCUGAUUAUGAUCUGAAGACUCCUGAAAUGGAUCUGUCAGCUCCAAAGUUUAAGGCUGACUUUGAUUCCCCAGACAUAAACAUCAGAGGUCAUAAUCCAGAUCUCACAGCACCUGACAUGAAUGUUGAUUUCCCAAAAGGUAAAAUUAAAGGACCAAAUUUCAAGAAACCAAAUCUUGACCUUGACAUCAAUGCUCCUUCAAAUAAACUGAAGCUGCCAAAAUUUGGCUUUUCUGGUAGUAAGCCAAAAGGGCCUGAUCUUAAAAUCAAAUCUCCAGACCUGAAUCUCAAAAGCCCCAAAAUAAAGGGAGGAAUCGAUACCCCAGACAUGGAUCUGAAUCUGCCUAAAACUGAUUUAAGAGGCCCUAACUUUGAUAUCAAAUCACCAGAUAUUGAUGUCAAUGGCCCUUCAGGCAAAUUGAAUAUGCCAAAGUUUAAGAUGCCCAGUUUUGGCAUGUCAGGUUUGAAAGGGCCACAUAUGAAUGUGGAUGCUGACAUUGAUCGCCCCGACCUUAAUCUGAGUGCAUCAACUCCUAAACUAAAUGCAGGGAUAAAUAGUCCUGAUAUUGAUUUGCAUGGACCUAAUGUUGAUCUUAAAGGUCCAAGAACAGACCUUACACUUCCAGACAUUGACAAGCCUUCUGGAAAAUUUAAAAUGCCCACUUUAAAGAUGCCUAAGUUUGGUGUCUCAGGACCAAAACUAAAGACGCCUGACUAUGAUUUAAAGACCCCUGAAAUGGAUCUGUCAGCUCCAAAGUUUAAGGCAGAUUUUGAUUCCCCAGACCUGAACCUCAAAAGCCCCAAAAUAAAGGGAGGAAUCAAUACCCCAGAUAUGGAUCUGACUCUGCCUAAAACUGAUUUAAGAGGCCCUAACUUUGAUAUCAAAUCACCAGAUAUUGAUGUCAAUGGCCCUUCAGGCAAAUUGAAUAUGCCAAAGUUAAAGAUGCCCAGUUUUGGUCUGUCAGGUUUGAAAGGGCCACAAAUGAAUGUGGAUGCUGACAUUGAUCAGCCCGACCUCAAUCUGAGGGCAUCAGCUCCCAAACUAAAUGCAGGGAUAAAUAGUCCUGAUAUUGAUGUACAUGGACCUGAUGUUGAUCUCAAAGGUCCAAGAACAGACCUUACUCUUCCAGACAUUGACAAGCCUUCUGGAAAAAUGAAAAUGCCCACUUUAAAGAUGCCUAAGGCUGGUGUCUCGGGACCAAAAAUAAAAACACCUGACUAUCAUUUGAAGACCCCUAAAAUGGAUAUGUCAGCUCCAAAGUUUAAGGCUGAUUUUGAUUCCCCAGACAUCAACAUUAAAGGUCAUAAGCCAGAUAUCACAGGUCCAGACGUGAAUCUUGAUUUCCCUAAAGGUAAAUUUAAAGGACCAAACUUAAAGACACCCAAUCUUGACAUGAAUGCACCUGACCUCGACAUCAAUGCUCCUUCAGGUAAACUGAAGCUGCCAAAAUUUGGGUUUUCAGGUAGUAGGCCAAAAGGCCCAGAUCUUAAAGUCAAAUCUCCAAAGAUGAAUCUCAAAAGCCCCAAAAUGAAGGGAGGAAUCAAUACCCCAGACAUGGAUCUGACUCUGCCUCAAAAUGAUUUAAAAGGCCCAAACCUAGAUUUCAAAUCACCUGAUGUUGAUGUUAAUGGCCCUUCAGGUAAACUGAAUAUGCCAAUGUUAAAGAUGCCCAGUUUUGGCAUGUCAGGUUUGAAAGGGCCACAUAUGAAUGUGGAUGCUGACAUUGAUCAGCCCGACCUUAAUCUGAGUGCAUCAACUCCCAGGCUAAAUGCAGGGCUUAAUAGUCCUGAUAUUGACUUACAUGGACCUAAUGCUGAUUUCAAAGGUCCAAGAACAGACCGUACUCUUCCAGACAUUGACAAGCCUUCUGGAAAAAUUAAAAUGCCCACUUUAAAGAUGCCUACGUUUGGUGUCUCAGGGCCAAAAAUAAAGACGCCUGACUGUGAUCUGAAAACCCCUGAAAUGGAUCUGUCAUCUCCCAAGUUUAAGGCAGACUUUGAUUCACCAGACAUCAACAUCAGAGGUCAUAAACCAGAUAUCACAGGCCCAGACAUAGAUGUCGAUAUUCCUAGAGGUACCUUUAAAGGACCAAAUUUCAAGAAACCCAAUCUUGAUAUGAAUGCACCUGACCUCGACAUAAAUGCACCUUCAAGUAAAUUUAAGCUGCCAAAAAUCGGCUUCUCAGGGAGCAAAGCAGACGGACCUGAUCUUAAAGUCAAAUCUCCAAAGCUGAAUCUUAAAAGCCCCAAAAUAAAGGGAGGAAUUGAUACCCCAGAUAUGGAUCUGACUCUGCCUCAAACUGAUUUGAAAGGCCCGAACCUAGAUAUCAGAACACCUGAUAUUGGUGUUAAUGGCCCUUCAGGUAAAUUGAAUAUGCCAAAGUUAAAGAUGCCCAGUUUUGGCUUGUCAGGUUUGAAAGGGCCACAUAUGAAUGUGGAUGCUGACAUUGAUAAGCCUGGCGUUAAUCUAAGUGCAUCAACUCCCAAACUAAAUGCAGGGAUGAAUAGUCCUGAUAUUGACACUCACGGACCUAAUGCUGAUUUCAGGGGUCCAAAAACCAACCUUGCAUUUCCAGACAUGGACAUACCAUCUGGAAAACUGAAAAUGCCCACCCUCAAGAUGCCUGAUGUUGGUUUCUCAGGACCCAAAAUCAAGACACCGGACUAUGAUCUGAAUACCCCUAAAAUGGAUCUGUCAGCUCCAAAGUUUAAGGCAGACUUUGAUUCACCAGACAUCAGAGGCCAUAAGCCAGAUAUUACAGUCCCAGACAUGAAUGUUGAUUUCCCAAAAGGUAAAAUUAAAGGACCAAAUUUAAAAAAAAACAAUCUUGAUUUUAACAUUCCAAAUUUUGACAUUGACGCACCUUCAAGUAAAUUUAAACUGCCGAAGCUGGGCCUCUCAGACAGCAAGCCAGAAGGACCUGAUCUUAAAGUCAAAUCUCCAAAGUUGAAUCUCAAAAGUCCCAAAAUAAAGGGAGGAAUCAAUACCACAGACAUGGAUCUGACUCUGCCUCAAACUGAUUUGAAAGGCCUAAACCGAGAUUUUAAAACACCUGAUAUUGAUGUUAAUGGCCCUUCAGGUAGAUUGAAUAUGCCAAAGUUAAAGAUGCCCAGUUUUGGCCUGUCAGGUGUAAAAGGGCCACAUAUGAAUGUGGAUGCUGACAUUGAUCAGCCUGACCUUAAUCUGAGAGCAUCAACUCCCAAACUAAAUGCAGGGAUUAAUCGUCCUGAUAUUGGAGUCCAUGGUCCUAAUGUUGAUCUUAAAGGUCCAAGAACAGACCUUACUCUUCCAGACAUGGACAUACCAUCUGGUAAAAUGAAAAUGCCUGCUUUUAAAAUGCCUGACAUUAGUUUCUCAGGACCCAAAAUAAAGAAACCUGACUAUGAUUUAAAGACCCCUAAAAUGGACCUCUCAGCUCCUAAAAUUCAUAAGCCAGAUAUCACAGCCCCAGACAUGAAUGUUGAUUUCCCUAAAGGCAAAAUAAACAGACCAAAUUUCAAGAAACCCAGUGUUGAUGUGAACGAAACAGACUUUGACAUUGAUGCUCCUUCGGGGAAACUGAAGCUCCAAGGAAACAUGCCAGAAGGAAGAGAUCUUAAAUUCACCUCUCCAAAGAUGGAUCUCAAAACCCCCCGAAUCAAAGGAGGAAUUGAUAGCUCUGAUUUUCAAGGCCUGGGGUCUGAUGUAGAUUUUGGUACCUAUACAGAAAUGCAUGCUAACAGCUUUGCGGUUCCAAGAGGUAAAACAAAGGCAGCCAAAACGUAUGAUCUUGAUGAUCUCUCAAGAGACAUCAGAAUACCGACUCAUCAGAAAUAUGGUGCCCCAGAAUUUAACAUGCAGGACACCUAUUAUGACUUGAACAGAGACAUGAAAGUUUCUGCAAAAGCUCAGUGGUCUCCAAUACCAGAACAUCUCUCCGGCCAAACUAGAAUCUCUGGAGUAGGUCCAACAUCAUCAGGUGUUUACAACAAUGAUAUGUCUGGGGCACUCAGGUCAAGACAUCAUAAAACAAAAGCAAGUGACUUUGAUAUUGAUGGCAACUGGAACAAUAUAUCAGUGCCUAAAUUUCAAGUUUCAAGAAGUAGAGAAGAUUUAGCUGUGAAAAAUUCAAAUAUGGGAAUGAAUACCAUGCAAAGUUCAGGUGAUAAUGCAGGUUAUUAUAGGAAAAUGGUUCCUAGACGUCAUUACACUACUGAUGAUAUAUGCUACACUUAUAAUGGCAUGCCUAGAAGAGGUGGAUGGGGAAGUGGGCAAACUGGCUAUAGUGGCAGACAGACAAUGAGACAUCUGCAAAUACAUGCAAUGGAUCUGGAGGUUCCAGAAAGCACUUUGAAAGGGUCGAAAUUUAACGUUCUUAAACUAAUAUAGUAGGAUAAUUUAAAGGAAGGGACGUGGAAGACAAGAAUGAGCUUGUCCUUGGCAUUCAUGUUUACAGGGCUGAUAAAAACUAAUAGCAUAUUAAAAACUAACUUAAAGAUGCUGUAAAUGAGCUUGAGCAAACUUUUUUCUACACUACUUCUUAACACUGAUGAACAAACCUUUCCAUAAAGGAGAUGUUAAACUUGCACUUACAGUAUCAUAGAUCAUUAUGCUCAUAUAAAUAAAAAAAAUAUUUUUUUCACAUAACUUUAUGAUAAAAUAUGUGACAAUAUUAUGUGGAUCUUGCCUGAUUAAAUAUUGUAAAUCAUAUAUAUUUUGUAAAUUAUGUAAAAGGCUACAGUAAUGUAUAAAUGCAAUGUGGAUGAGAUAUACAUACACAUGUAAAAUGUUUUGUCUGGAGAAUGUCUCUUGUUUCUUGCCAUUUGUUAGUUUGUUUGUUUUUAAGUUACUCAUGUGAUACAGUGAGGUACACAGGGCUAGGGGGAUUUGUUUUGAAGGAUGUAUAUAAAUCAUUUUAAAAUGUUCCUACUAACAUUGUUGUUUCAACAUAUACAAAAGCAGUUGUUGUUGUAGAAUACUUCAAAUGUUAUGUAAUUGAAAUAUUUUAAAGUAGUUAUUUUGAAAAAAGUAUUUACUUGAAUGUUACUUUAAAAAUAUCUUGCUAUUUACAGAGUAUUUGCACAUUAUAACAAAAUCUGCAUAUGCAGUCAUGUGAAAAAUGUAGGACACCCUAUUGAAUUCCAUGGUUUUCUGUAUCAGGACAUAAUAAAAAAUUACCUGGUCCUUGG